GAGCGCCUGCGGGUCGGCGUGUCGUCGCACUUCCCAAUUGGCCCUUUCAACCUUCAAUCAGCUCCUAGCAACCAAGCGGUCCACCCCUUGGCGCACGCGCGCGCCUGCUUCCGGGCCGGGGCGCGGAGUUCCGGCCUCGCGGGCCGAGGCGGAAUUCCCGUCGGUUUCCUAGGCGUCCUCCCAGCGUCGCGCAUGGCCCCGGACUCGGGAGCCUGCCCCGAGGGGCCGCUGUUAAAGCUGCUGCCUGUUGAUGCCAGGGACCAGGGCACCCAGCGCUGCCGCCUGGGCCCGGCGGCCCUCCGCGCCCUGGGCGCGCGCGCGUGGUGGUGGUGGGGGCCACCAACCGGCCCGACGCGCUGGACCCGGCGCUGCGCAGACCCGGGAGGUUCGACCGCGAGGUAAUCAUCGGGACCCCCACACUGAAACAGAGAAAGGCCAUCCUGCAGGUGAUCACCUCAAAGAUGCCCAUCUCUAGGGACGUUGAUUUGGACGCGCUUGCGGAGAUGACCGUGGGCUACGUGGGUGCCGACCUGACGGCCCUGUGCAGGGAGGCCGCCAUGCGCGCGCUCCUCCACGCUGAGAAGAACCAAGACAGUCCUACAAUCGAGGAAACGGACUUCCUGGACGCUCUGAAGCAGAUCCAGCCUUCAGCGAUGCGAAGUGCUAUCGGGCUGCUGGACGUCAGGCCUGUGGGCUGGGAGGACAUCGGCGGCCUCGAAGAUGUAAAACUGAAGCUGAAACAGAGCGUCGAGUGGCCGCUGAAGUUCCCUCAGGCCUUCGCCCGGAUGGGCCUGACGCCUCCCCGAGGCCUCCUGCUCCACGGGCCUCCCGGCUGCGCCAAGACCACCCUGGUGCGGGCCCUGGCCACCAGCUGCUGCUGUGCCUUCCUCUCACUGAGCGGAGCCGAGCUCUUCUCGCCUUUCGUUGGCGAUUCAGAAAAAGUCGUGGCUCAGGUAUUUCGACAAGCGAGAGCGAAUACGCCGGCAAUUGUGUUUUUGGACGAAAUCGACUCCAUCUUGGGGUCUCGCUCAGGCGGCGGAGCAGGAUGUGACGUUCAGGAGCGGGUGCUGUCGGUCCUCCUGACUGAGCUGGACGGGGUUGGUCUGAGGACAGCAGAGAGAAGAGGAAAUAAAUCAGACCCACAGGAACUUGAGGAGGUUUUACAUCGGAGUGUCAUGAUUGUUGCGGCCACAAACAGGCCUGACGUCUUGGACGACGCCUUGCUGCGUCCUGGGAGACUCGACAGGAUCAUCUACAUCCCCCCUCCGGAUCAGAAGGGCAGGCUUUCUAUUUUAAAAGUCUGUACGAAGAACAUGCCAAUAGGGGCUGAUGUUUCCUUAGAAAACCUAGCCGCAGACACCCGUUUCUUCUCUGGAGCUGACCUUAGAAACCUCUGCCGAGAAGCAGCCCUGCUGGCUCUGCAGGAGGCCGGGCCAGCCGCCGCAGCCGUGACUCAGGAGCACUUCCUGCGGGCUCUCUGGACUGCGACGCCGUCCUUGCGGAGCACGGACUUGGCUCUGUAUGAAAACUUAUUCAAGAAAGAAGGCUUAUCUACGUUGGGAGACACUUAAGGAUCACAUAGGAUUUUCAGUCAUUCAUUGUAAUUGAAAUGGGACCUUGCUUAUAGAUUGUAACUUCACACCUUCAGACUGCGCUGUGAUGAACAAAAGCAGUCUUAUGUGUAGGAGACAGACAUUCCCGGGGGAACGGACCUGAUGGCGUCAUCGGCUGAUCAGCCAGCUCGGUGUGCGUGAGCGCACCACGAUGCUCCCGGUGACAAAACUGCCUGACAACAGACACGAACGCGUCCCGGCUGUCACGAGAUGCACGACUUCUUGGAGAACACAGAGAGCCAACUGGUUUAUAUUUUUGGUAAAUUUAAAAAAGAAGUAAAUAACAUCUACCUGAUGAGCUAAGGCUCAUUUUAAUUGUAAUUCUAAAAUGCAUGUUAAAAAGCUAUCAUAGCCGGGCGUGAUGGCGCACACCUCUAACCCCAGCACUCCAGAGGCAGAGGUAGGAGGAUCUCUGCGAGUUCGAGGCCCGCCUGGACUAGAGUGAGUGGGUUCAAAGCCAACCUGAACUGCAUAGGGAAACCCUACCUCAAAACAACAAACAAAAGAAAGCUGUCAUACAGGAAGGAGAAUGUGUGUGCAUUGAUUGUAUAAGGGUAACUGGUUUUGGUUGAUGGCUUUUUUGCAACCUUGAAAUAAUUUCAUAGCUACAGAAAAGUUGCAAGAAUAUUACAAAAAAUUCUAUAUUCCCUCUCA